CCGUCCACCCGGCUGGGAAGCCUGUCGCCAGCCGCCCAGUGGGAGUGGCGCGGGGCGGCGGGCAGCCGAAAGCCCCGCGUGGCGGCCAGUGCGUCCGCAAACUACUAUAUAAAAAAUGACCACCCCAAACAAGACACCUCCUGGUGCGGAUCCUAAGCAGCUGGAAAGGACUGGCACAGUGCGGGAAAUUGGGUCACAGGCUGUUUGGUCACUCUCUUCUUGCAAACCAGGAUUUGGAGUGGAUCAGUUACGAGAUGACAAUUUAGAAACUUACUGGCAAUCAGAUGGUUCCCAGCCUCAUUUAGUGAACAUCCAAUUCAGAAGAAAAACAACAGUGAAGACAUUAUGUAUUUACGCAGACUACAAAUCUGAUGAAAGUUAUACUCCAAGCAAGAUCUCAGUCAGAGUAGGAAAUAAUUUUCACAACCUUCAAGAAAUUCGGCAACUUGAAUUGGUGGAACCAAGUGGCUGGAUUCACGUUCCCUUAACUGAUAAUCAUAAGAAGCCAACUCGCACAUUCAUGAUACAGAUUGCUGUUCUAGCUAACCACCAAAAUGGAAGAGACACGCACAUGAGACAGAUUAAAAUAUACACACCAGUGGAAGAGAGCUCAAUUGGUAAAUUUCCUAGAUGCACAACUAUUGAUUUCAUGAUGUAUCGUUCAAUAAGAUAACUUUAAAACUGAACAAACGUCAUUUUAACAUUUUUAUUUUAUCUUGUCAGCAAAUAUUAUAUCUGUUACUGGAAAAACAUCAGUUAUUUUGCAAUUUUGUAUGCUUUUCAAAGUAUGUUACUGUAACUUUGAUAAAUAAAUUUUGGUUCUGAUUAUUAUCUUUAUUUUCUUUUUCAAAUAAUAAGCUCACCUCUAUUGCAUUA